CCACGUGCAGAUACUGGAGCAAGCAGGUCUGUGACAUUUUCUGGGACUGUAACAAGAGUCUGUUACACCACUCGGUAUUUUCUUUCCUUUCUUUUCUCUUCCUUUCCUUUAAGCUAACAUCCUUUUCCUGUGCCUGAGGGAGAAGGCAGUUGAUAGAAGCUGAGUUCCUGUUCACAGAUAAGUUUAGAAGGCAGCCAAGCUCAGAAGUUCCUUGAAUAAGCUAUAUUCCUACCACCUUUUUUUUUCCCCUCUGUCAGAGACGUUUGAGCCCCACACAGGAACCAGACUCACAUUGUUCAAUAGCCACGGACAUUUCCAGAGUAGCUGGGAGGGUCAAAAGCUUUUUCCGCUCUUUGUUACAAAUCUUUUUUUUUUUUUUUUUCCCUUUCCUUCUUCCAACUUUCCAGUUAAAGAAUAUUGCCAGGGCAUUCCUGAAUUAAUCCAGGCUGAGCUUCAGAGAGGAGAACAAGAGACAGGUGUAACUGGGUGGGAAAAACCCCAUGAUGCUAGUGAAGCUUUUGCUCAUCUGUAAUACAAUAGCAUUGGCAAAGCUGGUCAAACACCCAGACCAUCAUGGGUAUCGUGCUAGUUCAGUGCACAGCUCGAAGCCACAAAUUUAUGAGACCUCUGCAUACCCCCAGAGGACUCCUCUGUUGCAUGAGGAAGAAGGUUAUUGGGAAGCAGAAAGGCUCAGGGAGGAUACUCAAGAUUACCCUUCAAGCGUGAUCUCCUCACAUCAGGAAGAGAGAGAGGAUUCUGAAGCUGCAAGCCCACAGUCCCAAAAUGGGAACUGGUGUUCCUUCAUGCAGUCCCGGCUGGUAACAUACAUAGAAGCCUGCAUGAAGGAGAAGUACAUUGUCAACUCCCAACAGCCCUGUCUAAACGGAGCACCAGACUGCCAGAAGAUCAUGUACAGGACAGCUCUGAAGCCAGUCUAUCAAGUGAAACAGAAGGUUUUGAAGUCUUUGCAGUGGAAAUGCUGCCCUGGAUUUAUUGGCAAGGACUGUGAACAGCGUGAUCCCAAUUUUAUUCUGGUGCCACGAAAUCAAACUGAAGGACGGGAAGAGGAGUUCUCAAACCACAAUCUACAGGAAAGACUUCUGCAGCAAGUUUUGUUUCCCCAUGUGGAGAAUUUUCUAAGGAAACAUUUUAACCCCAUGUGGACAAGCUUCAACAGAAGCUUACAGAACCUCUCAAACAUGGUAAGAAACCUGUCCCAUGACGUGGAAGCCAACAAGAAAAGCAUAGAAAGAAUCCAAGAGAGCACUGUGCCCAAGAAGGAAUUCCAGGAGCUGGGAACUAAGUUUGAAUCAAAAGUCCAAGAAAAUGUAGUGAAAGUUGAUCAGGUGAAAAGAGAUAUAGAGAACCGAUUACAAGUGCAGCAGGCCAGUAUUCACUAUAAUCUCACCAUGAUCAAGGCAGAUACCGACACAAAGCUCAAGAAGUUUCAUAAGAUACAGCUGUCCCACUUCUUAGCUUUGAACAGCAGCAUAUCAAACAUGAAACAAGAGCAAAACAACCUUGUAAAUAAAUUUGAGACUUUGAAAAAAAAUUUAACAGAACUCUCCUCACAUCAUGGUCCCAAAGAUGAAAACACCCAGUUAACCAUCAGACAAAUAAAUGACAUUCUGGCAGGGCAUGCAAAGCAGCUUAAAGAACUUUACAUGGAGUCAGAUGUGGCCUUUCAGAAUAUUGCAGUUUUAGAAAGGUGGUUUAAGGAGUUAAAAAAAAAUAUCUCAAAGUAUAGGCCAGAGGAUCUUACAAUAACUUUAAUGGAGAAAUCAGUUAUUAUGGAAGAAAACAAAGCAGCAAUGGAAAGGCAGAUAUCAGAGCUUAACUAUACUCUCUCAAAUCUUCGGGAAAACUAUUCAGAUCUGUUGAGGUACAUGGAGGAAUGUAAUUGCCAGAGAAUAUCUUCUGACACUGACGUACUGGAGGAAGAUUUAAAGAAUAUCACUUAUUCCCUUGAAGGCACCCAAUCAACUUUAAAAGAUAUGAAGCACUUAGAGUCAGUUUUCAGAGAUCUCUUGAGGAAUGAAAUUGAAGAGCUCUCCUCAGCUUUUCCAUCUAUCCAUCAGUCCCUUAAUCUCCGUCAAGAAGAAAACAGACAGCUUCAGUGGCAAGUUAUGGCUUUUUCAGAAGACAUAGGCUUCUUGAAGAAGAAAGAUGAAGAGAUUCAUCGACACAUCAAGUAUCUCAAUAGUUCUUUCGUCUCUCUUUUGGAAGAUGCCAUGCGGCAUGAAGCAGCACUGGAGGCUUUACUGGGAGAAGAAUUUAUGGAAGUCUUGUUUGAAGAAGAUCCUAGUAUCCUAAUAUCAUCAGUAUUUCAGCUGCAAGAAUCUCUCAGACAUAUCUCUGAUAAACUCCAAGAACAAAAUAUGACUUUAGAAUCUCUUAUAAAGAGAUCUCAUCUCUUGGAGAGAGGUCAACAGAAUAAUCACGAUGCUCGUACAUCUCCUAAGCAUCCCAAAGAAGAAACACAAACAUCCUCUACUCUAGAUGAAGUUAGUAGUCAACACAGCAUCGUAGAACAUAUGGAACCUAACUAUGAGGCUGCCAAAGAUGACUCCUUGGAUAGCUCAGCUUACAAUGAUAUCAUGACUCUGAAGAAUGAUAUCAAACACCUGAGCCUGGCAAUUAAGAGGCAUGAAUCCAGAAGUGACAUGAAUCUUUGCUGCAAUCACACAAUAGCAAAUGUAAUUGAGCCACUCAACAUUUCUGUGGAAAUUCUCUCAGCAGAUUUAGCAACCAUCAAGCGGAAGGUGGAGGAACAUCUGCUGAUUUUUAAAAAGCUGUUUGGAAGCAAUGAAGAAUUAGUUGCCUCAAAUAUAAGUCUGGAUGUUGCGAAGAUUCAGUCAAUGCUGACCAGAAAAGUGAGAAGGCAACAGAAAGGUCAAGACAAGCAGAGAGACAAGAAAAAGCCCGAGAAGCACAGAGAAAAUACACAAAUGAUAAGUGGAAGAAAUACAGUGCAGACAGAACUUUUGGAAAAAGACUCACUGGUGGCAUUCCAUGUGGGAUUCUCAGAAAGAAAGGAUAAAGAAAAGACUCUGAGGUUUAAUGAAACUUACAUCAAUUAUGGAAACAGCUAUUUCCCUGAACAUGGCUACUUUAAAGCACCACAUAAAGGUGUCUACCUGUUUGUCAUCUCUGUGGAGUUCAGCUCAGGACCAGCAUUAGGACAACUCUCCUUUAGCCGGGGGUACAAAAGAACUCUUGCAAGUAGUCAGAGAAAAACACCAAAUGGAAACACCAUGACAACUUUUGCUAUGGCAGAAAUGGAGAAGGGGGAGAAAGUAUGCUUUGAAUUGCUGCAGGGCUCUCUAGUGAAACGGAGUCCACCUGGGACAACAAUGGGUGGAUUCCUAGUAUUUAAAACUUGAAUAGUGACAUUUUGUUUUAUUGAUAUCUUCCAUAGAUGCAAUGGAUCAAUUCACUAUUGCUUCAUCUGUGAUGUAUUCAAUCCUACUGCAUGUGUUUAAACAUAGCACUACCCUAGAUUUGUCUUCGUGCUUCUUUUCUGGAAGUGUUUGGCUUUUGAUUAGUUGCUUAUGAGCAGCAAUGGGAUUUUCUUUCAAAUGAUAAGCUAAUGGUUUGGACUCCAAAUGUAUCAGCACACACAUUCCCAAAUCCUUCCACUGUGAGAACUGCACCCAAUUAGAAAAAAUGUUUUGUGGGACCUUCUUCACUUACAACACAAAUAAUUUCUCCUUCCCCCGGCAAAAGAGUAUCCUCCCACGGCAAAUACCCCCACCACUGGCAAGGAAAAGAUUUUAGGAAGGACUGAAUGUAUUGACUCUCAUAUUUUGCAAAUAGUAGCUUAAAACCAAGAAACCAGGACAAUUUUACCUAUUAGUCCUCUGUGGACCACAGGCAGUCACAGACUGUCUUGGAAACUUCUGCAACUCACUCCAAUUCAAUGUUUCAGUCUGUGCACAACAUGAACACUAGAAGAGAUCGAUCAAAUCCAGUGAGAUGCACCCUAUGCUAGUAUUUGUAAGCAAGGAUCUUAGAAAUGGCCUGGUCUUUUUGCUUCUGAGCCUGUGGUGUAUUUCAACUACACUGCAAAAAUUUAAUAGUAAUAUAACAUUGUUAAGAUUAAUUACAUCUACAUUUAGACAUUAGGAAAAUGUCAACAAUAUUCAAAAAAUAUUGCUGAAAAUGCAGUUUAUUUCUAAAGGUAAUCCUGAAGAAUAUUGUGAAUUCAGCCCAGAGUCCAGCAUUUAGUAAAUAGUUUAAAACGAAGCAAGCAAGCAAAUAAAACUAACAGCAAAAUGCCAAGUUCAUUGGUCUCCCGCCACUGUUGAAUAUAAAAUAAAUUUAUAAUUAGAGUAAAUAAAAGAACAGAAUUUCUGAACUGUGGAGUUUUUUUUUUUAAUUUCCAAAAUCUCAAGAUGACCAUGUCUGGUCAUGUCCUAAACUUUUCUUUUGUCAAAUAAAAUAUCCCAAAGGCUUUCAUUUUAAAGAAGUUCAAUUAUUGUGUUAUUUUCCUUGUCUAUGUUCAUGUUUUACAAAACAGUACUAAACAAUUACAUUUGCCAAAAUGAAAUGCAUUCACAAAUUCCCAAUAUUUUUGGUGAAAGAGGUAAAUUAUUGUUAUGUAUUUUAUGCCCUUUCAAGGUAGAAUUUUCUAACAGAAAUCUGUCCUGCUGUUAAGGGGUUUUCUCCCCACCUACUUGUAUUCUAAGCAACACUAAACUACAAAGUUACUAAAAAACCACAUUGGUACCAAUACACAUUGCACUUAAGACAACAGUUUGACAAGCAGACAAUAUGUGUCUUUUGAAAUAAAGCUGCAAAGCAGUUUCAGCUACUGACUUGCUGAGAAGAUUGUUAUUCUCCAGCCUGAAAAAUCCAACAGAGCAAACGACUAAAAGUGACCUCCCAUCUACUCCUAGCCAAUGCUGAUUUUCAUAUGAGAUUAACAGGCCAAGUAUACCCAUUUAUCUAGCAUGGAGCCACAUCUUGCACUGCUCUGUGGCAGGCAAGCACAAAGUGCCCGCAAGCUCAUCUUCUGUCCUACAGAUUGCUUUGAAUAUCUGAGGGAAGGAAGAGAAGAAAAACUUGAAGAGGUGAAAUGUCAAAAAGGAAGAAAAGCAUCAAAUUCUGAGACUGGGUUCUUUCAAUACAAAGCUACUAUACUGUGGUGACCCAGAUGUUUUUACCAGUGGUCCUCCUAUUACAGGCUUUUGUGGUGGCAGCAUUCUGCAGUGCCAAGCCAAGCGUGCUGCCUAGGUCAGGGUAGCUCAAGGAACACCCCAUCUUCAGUGCACACCAAUUUUGCAGCUACCAGCUAAGUUCCACAAUUAAAUACAGACAGGGGAUAUAUAUAUAUAUUUAAAAACACCUUGCUUGUUUUUAAAGAUUUGACAGAAUGCUUCAAGUGGAGCAAAAACCAUACAGCUACUUGAAAAAGGACAUGGUAGGUAGUAGAUAGGAUAGCAGUUCAUCCAGACAGGACUUUUAAAAGGUUUGGUAUCUUUGUGCUUACCAGAGUUUACUUUUGUUGAAGAAUAAGCCAGGCAAGUUCAGAGAUCAUCGACUCCAGAGUGAACACAAUAUUAAUAUAAAGAUAUUUUCAUUAUUUGUAUUCUUCGGAUAUGUACUUAAGUUAGCCACCUGCAUAUACAAAGAAAAUAUACUUGAAUGAAAGGCUCUCAUUUUUAGACUAUGAAGCAAAAAAUUAACAAAAGAUAAUGGGUUAAAACAUUCUAUUGGCUGCAUAAGCCAGGAAACCUGAGUUCCUUCUCAAGCGACAAGAGAAAGAUGAUUAAGCUAUUUGGUUGUGGUUGUGUUUUUUUUAAAUGCAUACAUCAGCUUUUUAAUAAACUUCUAUCUAAACCACCUCUCAAAUACUAGUGAACUAUUUGACUACUGGUAUAAAUUUCUUUGAAAUCCCCCACAAACACUUGUUUUUUGCAGUUUUUUUGGGGGGGUUGUUCUUUUUUUUUAGUAAGAUUAACAUAGCCACAUCACCAUGACCUGCAUUUUUAGGCAACAGACUAGAGGAAACCAUUUUAACGCAGAGACAGCAGACUCCGGAUUAGGACCUAGAAGAAAGAAAAAUUUGCCACAAAAAUGGCAGGAGGACAAGGAUGAUUAAUUGACAAUUUAAAACACAGCUAUUGGUUGGCUCAGUGGAUUAAGAAUAGGGGAUGUUCAAACAUGAAAAACAAACUGAAGCUGACCACAGGCAUUAGGAAAAGAGAGUUGUUAGAGUAGACAAGCUGCUUCAGUUUAUGUCAUAGCAGACCAACUAGACCAGCAUGCCUGAUGGCAGUUUCAGCCAAGCACCAACAGGCAGAGAAACAUGUAUGCUCACUCCAAGAUACAGAUAUAUAUCUCUCAUCAAUCUCAGCCUCAUAUUUAAAAAAAGCUUCCAACUUCUCUUAGUACUUCUCAGAAAUCUGCCAGAAAAGAUUGCCAAUAAUUCAGGUUUCUCUAUUUCCAGAGCAAACCACUAAGCUUUAUAAAAAGAUAAAAAAAGCUGUGCAUCUUAAUGCCUUCAUGUAAUUAUUUUGUUACUGAAACUUUUACUGCUUUAUGAAUGUAUCUUACAGUACUUUACAUUUUAAAAUUAAAGUCUCCUAAUUUUUUUUUCUUUUCCAUCACUGAGAUGGUCUCCUUACUUUACUCAAAAUGUAAGUACCCAUUGUACAUAAACAAUUUUACUUUCUAUAGAUCCAUCAAUGCCUGAAUUCUGCAGUCAGAUGAGUCUGAACUCAUUUCAGACAUCCACAUCAAGCCAGUCUCUGAAGUCCAUGGUGGUGCUCCUUCAUGAACCAGAUUCAUGAGGUGGUCAACCCACAGUAGUGGUCUUCUCAUGACUCAGGUUCACAGCUGGCAUUGACUUACUACAUUAACAUCAGUGAGAAAGACUGAAGUGGUAUUCUGGGGAGCAGUGAAGAUAAAGCUGCAGAAGGGAUUAGUGAAAUUAAUGGAAUUAAAUCUGAUCCUUUAUGAAAUUAGUGACAUUUCUGCAAUUUAUUUAAAAGGGUGUGACUGAAUUCACCAACUACUCAGUAUGCUUUUUGGCUUGCACACAAAAUAUACGUGUGGGGUUUUUAGACAUGUCAGUGGAUAUAGCUGUUUCAGUUCUUAGACACCGAUGCAAGCUCAUCAGUAACACAUUUUUAUAUAGAGGUCAAAAAUAAUCAUACAGAAAUGAUAACAUUUUGAUAUUUAUUAUUAGUAGGCAGGAAAACUUAUUUUCACUGAUCAAAAUCCCCCAUUUUUUUCAAAAGGAUCUUCCUUAUCCUUAGGAUAUAGCACCAUCCUGUGGUCAUUUCUAGAAGCAACAUUGUUGUCAAAACUGGUGCAAAAAGUUUCAGUUACCCACAGUAUUUUCAAUAUGUCCUCCUGUUACACUAAUAUAAAAAUCCCAGUUUUCAAUCCAACCAUGAUCAGUGUAAUCAGUGAAGAUAUUGCACAAACUACACAAUAGCCACAACCAUACGAAAAAGUUUACUUUGCCAAGAUACUAA